UAGUAUUAAAUUAUUAGAUGGACAUGGAGCUGGCAGUAAUGAAAUACAAUUAAUUUAAAUGGUAAAACACAACGAACUGUAGAGAGAUCAUUUAAAACUAAUGUAUAGGCAGUUACAACAUUGGAAACAUUCUCUUUACAAAAAACAAACAAAAAUCUAAACUCAACUAAUUUUGAAAUAUUGACAAGACGUAGCAUAACAUUGGGUAAGUAACCUGGCAAAUCUAUUUAUCUGUCUCUGCUCUUUAUGCUUUUGAGCUAACCUUCCCCUGCUUGUGGCUUUGGCGGCACAGUGUUGGUCUUCUCAUCUAACUGAGAGAUAAAUUAAUGAGCUUAUGUUUCUAAAAGUGUCUAUUCGUUUAGUGUUACCUUAACUAAGAUGUCAAAAUUAGUGUAGCUAACUCAGGAAACUAGCUAGGUUACAGUGUUCUUUAGACGCAGCCUACUGUGGCGGGCAAAUAUAUAAAUGCUAACGAAAAAAAUUACUCCAUUUUGUACAGCGUAGCCUUAAAGGAUAGUUCUCUACAUUUAUACAGGGAACGCUUUAACACUCAAGAUGAAAUUGUUUUUAAAAAAAAACAAAAAAAAAAAACAUAAGUACUUGUAGUGUAGUGCUAACAGGGUUAAAUCAACAGAGGCACACGGUAGCACCUGUUUGCUAACAACUGACAAAACCUACUUUCCGAGGAGUCCCUGAAAGCGGCAGGAGCGUCAACCCUCCACCCCUCGAGGAAGCCGAGCGACAUCCAUCAGACUCGCUGCGCUCUCGGAGCUUCACUCCUUCGCCCCUCCGCCUGCACCCUCUCCCAAACACUCCGCCGGGCCGCCACACCGAAGCUCCGGGCAGGUUUGGUGCAUCUCUGCGCGGAUUCUCCUCUCCAUCAGGACCGUGGGAGAGAUGCGACGUCUCGGAGGAGGAGGAGGAGACGAACUGGCCAGGCAGCAGCAGCAGCAGCAGCAGCAGCAGACACCUGAGGGGAGGAUCUGAGUUUGUUUCUGUAACGUCAAAGAAAGGUUUAUUGCGGUCAUCACUAUGACUGAUGGGGAUUAUGACUACCUUAUAAAGCUCCUUGCCCUGGGGGACUCCGGCGUGGGGAAGACCACCUUCCUGUACCGAUACACAGACAACAAGUUCAACCCCAAGUUCAUCACCACAGUCGGCAUCGACUUCAGGGAAAAGAGAGUGGUGUACACAGCAUCCAGCCCCAAUGGGACGACCGCAGGGAAAACCUUCAAGGUUCACCUUCAGCUCUGGGACACAGCUGGACAGGAGAGGUUCCGCAGCCUGACGACGGCGUUCUUCAGGGACGCCAUGGGGUUCCUGCUGAUGUUUGAUCUCACCAGCCAGCAGAGCUUCCUCAACGUUAGAAACUGGAUGAGCCAGCUACAGGCAAACGCCUACUGUGAGAAUCCAGACAUCGUGUUGGUAGGAAACAAGGCGGACCUGGCCGACCAGCGGGAGGUUCAGGAGAAGCAGGCCAAGGAGCUGGCUGAUAAAUACGGAAUCCCGUACUUUGAGACAAGCGCAGCGACUGGAGCAGAGGUGGACAAGGCGGUGAUCACGCUGCUGGACCUGGUCAUGAAGCGGAUGGAGCAGUGCGUCGACAAACCGCCCGCCGAGCCGGCUAAUGGCAACGGGGCCACGAAGCUGGAUGACGCGCUGCCCAGUGAGAAGAAAUGUGCAUGCUAGAUCAGGAAACGACCAGUCAGAGCUCCUCCGUCGUCCGUCCCUUCCACUCGCCACACUCCCUCCUUCUUUUACCUCCUCUGUCAUCUUUGAUCGCAUGUUUGUUCGUCUCUGCUCUGCUCACUCCCUUUCUCUCAAAUUAACCAUCUUUGCUUUCCUCUCCCCCCCUUUAUUCCUCCUCUUUCUUUCUCAACUCUCUGCCAGUUUGCCACUGAAACAACCCUGUCCCCCUCUAGUGGGUUUUUAAAGUACUACAGGCUCAGCCUGUCUUUUGCCUUUGAACGCCGUUUAGGAGGAAAUCAAACAGAAGGGGACGGUUUCAUCACUGUCAGAUACAAAAAUGUACCUCGGUUAAAACAUGCAGCCUGGGAAUUAAGCCCCGCUCUCGAGUGGUUUGAAUGAUUUAAACGGAUCCAAAAGAGGCAAAAAAAGAGAUAUACAUUUUUAAUCUGAACUCUUUAAAGUUGGAUCUGUUCAUCACUCUGUGACGGGGGAAAGAUUUUGCGUCCUGUCAUCUGGUGACAGACAAAUCUGGGUCAUUAAGAGUUUGAUCAGGUUGUGUUUAUGUGUGUGUAUGAAUGAUGUCAUGGUCCUCUCCUGAAACCUUUCCUCCUGGACCGGGCUGUGCCAACUGUAUGUUCAUAUUUUAUUUUUAUUAUUUUUUUUCAUAGUUUUCACACUGCACAUAUCUCAGUGCUGUACCCAUAUAGCCACGCUCGGUCAUUUUUCUUAAGUGUUCCGAGCUGUUUUUUUUGCUAAAAUACCCAAAAUUGUGUGUUUUGUACAGUCGGGUCCAGUGACACCUGUUAGACAAUUUUAAAAUAUGAAAUAAUACCCGAAUCAACAAUAAGCGGUGUAAAUACGAGGCCGACAUUCAAUUUUAUAGUAGUAUAAAUAAAUUAAAACAGACUGCAGAGAUGCUGCAGACAGAAAGUGAAAGAGUUAAACCAGCCUCUGUGGAGUGCUAGCUAGCUUGCUACAAAAUCUAAGGAUUAGCAAUGAUACCCAGCAUUAGCUAGUUUGUAGCCACAAACUAAGUGUUUGGAGUAAAGAAAGUUUCAAAAACUUUCUUAUAGAAACAUAUCAAACAGAGUAAAAAAAAAAAAAAAAUGACCAGGAUACUUUCAUAUCAGUCGUCAUGCGACAGUCGCUCUUUCUGAUGCUAACAGUAGCAUUUUUGAUGAGGCAAGGCGCGUUUAUUUUUACAGCACAAUUCAGACACGAGGCAUCUCAGAGUGCCUUACUGGGCACACACAUUACAGCAAAGGAUAUUUAAACCAGUUAGGUAAUAGGAAAGUAAGCUGAAUUAGAAUAGGUUAAAAAGAGACAAGACUAAAUAAUAGAAGUCGCAGUGCUUCAGUGAAAGGUCAGUCGUCUUCAGCCUUGAUUUAAAAGAGGUGGGAGUUGAAGCAGACCUAGCGAGCUAACAUGAGCGACCCGACCUGAUUUCUGUUCCUUUUGAACAGAAAUGCCCUGUAGAUACUUUUACAAUUACUCAUAGCAUUGGAUACGUUUUAUUUUAACAGAUAAGACUAUAUUGUGAGUCCUACUUGCAGUGAUAAUCAACAGACACCAAAAUGCUUCAGCUAGCUCUCUGUUAGCAGCCCGGGUAGUUAUAUAUGGCUGCUGAACAGAUCACUCCCUGUUAGGCCUCAAAUCACAUCAGAUCAGAUUAAAUCGGUUUCAUUUAAUCGCCCAAAAUCACGUUCACGUUGCCUCAGUGGGCUUUACGAUCUGUACAGUGAACGACAUCCUCUGUCCUUAGACCCUCGACUCGAGUAAGGAAAAGCUCACCUGCCAGACGUGGCUCGCUGCUGACAGAAGCACGAUUCAACAUGUAGCCUGAAUUAACCAACAUGGGUACAGCGUGGCACAUGUGCAAUGGGGAAAACAAAGAUAGCAUUUCAUUUAUUUCGGGAGCGUCCCAGACCAGGAUAGACACAUUGUUCAGAAUCGAUCUACUGCCUUUGCCUUUAAAGCGUUAUUUCACCGUGGAGGAACAGACUCUGUGUGAGAGGUCGAGACAAGUCGGCCAGAAUAUCAGCUGCUCAGAGGAUUUAACGUCGCCGUAACAUGCGAACAUCUGGGUAAAAUGACAUAACAGUGAUCAAGAAAAUGUUUACAGACAGUCAGUAUAAAGGCACUGGAAAAAGUGAAGUUAACAUGUGAGUGGAGAGCUAAUUAUAUCUAAUUGGCAACAUUAUCAUUAAAAAACAGACUUUUUAUGGGAUUUGAUGUUUGGUGACUGAGCUUUCAGAGCAGCUGGUGUUUGUUACAGACAACCACACAAAGUGAAAUAUUGCUUUAAGGCCCCAUACAUGACCAAUGUUGUUAGAACAUAAAGUGACCAAUUAUUUAUAUGAAAAGAAAUGUAAAAAAAAAAAAAAAAAAGAUUAUUAUUUGUGUUGUCAAAUAUUUUUUUAUGCUCGUCAUAUCUCAUCCUCCAUUUCCUUUCUUUCUUUCUUUCUUUCUUUCUUUUUCUUUCUUUUUGUUUUUUACAUUUGCAUGUCCAUUAAAAGAAACCUAUCUCAUGUUAUUUUUUUUUAUUUGCUAUUGCUCUUAAUCUUGAUUAUGAAAUUAACCCCGAAAGUAUGAUUUAUCAUUAAAAUGUGUGUCUAACAUGAAGAAAAUUACACUAUUAUAAACUGUUGAAAUACAGUAGAAGUUGUUCGAUUCUCCUCUUCUUUGCUCUGAACUGGACUUUUUUUUGGUUCAACGUGUGAAAUUUACUAUGGACCAACUUUUGUACGUAUCAGAACUUGUGUUUUGUUGCUUAACACUGUUUUUUUUGGGGGGGGGGGGGGUUUUGGUUUUUUCAUUUAUUCCAGAGCAGACCAUUUAACAGUUCCUGUGCGGGAAAAAAAGGAAUGAAAUCACGUCAGAUUUAAAGUUAGUUCGACUGAGUUCAGCUUGAAAAGUCUGCACGUCUUCUGCCAGCAACGUGACUCGUUAGAUGCCUUUCAGAGGUUCAUUUACAAAAUCUUGUUGAUAUAAAACUCGGAAAUCAGUGUCCAAGAGUGCAAGAUGGUUUCUUUUGUUUUCAGUGCACCUCAACAGUUCUCCUUACGUCAAGUACCACCUUGAUCUGCCUUACUUCAUGAGAAAUCUUGAGCCGAGUUUAGGUGCACCGAGAACAAGCGAAGUGAUCUUUCCUGCUUGCCACACGCUGGCCGUUAGAUCCGUGUUUUGUCCUUCAGUGAGCAAAGGGAAGGACUGACAGUAGUCCCGACCCACAGCUGCGUAACGUUAGGAUUACUGCAGCUUGGUUUUCAGGCUGCCAAAUGGGUCAGCAGUAAUAUUAAGUAUACUGUAUGCGUGGCCUAAUAAUCUCAAAGCACCGCUGUGGUCAUGUUAAAAGAGUAUAACGUUUCAAAAUGAUUUCCGUCAUAUUUUUAGUAUUGUGCUCUCCGGAUCCGCGAACGAGCUCCAGUGUCACAGAGCUUUGGCUUCGGCUCGUCGCCACCUUUAUUUUAAUCUGUGCCAAAUAUAUAUUAAAGAAAACACAAAAAGAAAAACAGGAGCGACAAAGAAGUAUCUGCUUUUGACAAAUCCAAACCUCAUUCUUCUGUACACACUCAGAGAGAAACUGCCUUCACACUAGGAAAAAACAAAAAAAUGUGUUUCUGUUUUGUCGUGUUUGUUUUAAAGCCAAGCGGAGUCGUCUGCCAGCAGCUGAUCUCAGUGCCGUAUGAAACCCACGUUGCUGUUAAUUCGCUGAUUAUUAAGACAUAAGGAGACGGCUCUCGUUUGUAACGUUCUACCCCCACCCCGGUUACUCAGCAGCGUCAUCGUGAUGAUGUUCCCGGAAAACAAAUGCUGUGUCUCUGUAGGUUCGGUUGCACUGUUUCAGCUGAGCUUCCUCCUUUGUCGUCCAAAAACUGCAGAUUUGACCUUUUCUUUCAGUCUGAAGUCUUGUGAUCAUACAGGUUAUGAUGUUCAUAAAUAUUUACAGAAAAUCCAGCAAAUCCUCUUAGCGUGUUUUUUUCUUUCUUUAUAUUCACUCACAAAGCAGGUCUUGUUUCAGUUAAGCAAAUAGUACAAAGUUGUUACUCAAACAAGCAUUUAUUGACCCCAACAGGCAGAUUACAUUACUGUACAGAACGCUGGAAGCUGUAGUGAGCGAUGGCACACGCUGAGGGUGUGUGUGUGUGUGUGUGUGUGUGUGUGUGUGUGUUUGAAAUCAGGUCAGCGUCACAAUGAACUCAGCACUCAGCAGAGACUCCGGUUCACUUUUUUAUCCCCUCUCCUCUGUCGUUUAUGAAGAAAAGUGCAUGUUACCCAUAACCACCCAGCAGCGGAGGUCUGGUACGGAUCAGAGCAGAAUCCGACUUGAGUGCAGGUGUCUUUCUUCAGUCAGCUCCGGCUCUGCACCUGACCCUCCGCCCCAUCGGGCCAGUCCCACGCGACCCCAGAGCGCUUGCGACACACACGCCAAUUUCGCUUAAGUUCAAUAUUUUAUCUGCAGACAAUGAGUAAUAGUUUCAUUCCAUUUAACUUUCCCUUUAGCUCUGCUUUGGCUAACUCCAGCAGCUAAGGUGUCCUGCGGCUAACGUUAGUCUUGUGUCCGCCUGCUGCAGCUGGAGACAGGGCUGACGAGACCGAACCAUAAACUAAAUGUGCCGUAAAACCAAAACCAUGAGCUGAAAGCGGCUAAAAAGCUCUGAAUUGUGCUGCAUAAUUCUCUGUAGGUUCAUUAUUAGUCUCACUGUUCACAUGACACAAUCUGUUGUUACCAUAAGAAUAUUAAACAGUGCAACAUUAAGGUGUCUCAUACAUACAUGAUUUAAAAAAAAAAAAAAAAAAAAGCGUUUUGAAGGUGUAACUUUUCUCAGUUUUUGGAAAAGUUUCCAUAUUUUUGGUGAAACAGUUCGAUUGUAACUGUGUGAAAAAAACGCCUGGCUGUCUAAUAAAAUCAAGAUGAUCCGGCAACAAGUUGCGGAGUAAAAAAAAAAAAAAGUUGUUUUGUUUUUUUUAUAUUCUUUGAUAGACUUACUACAACAAAAGACACAUGAAAACGUAUCCGUACAAUCCAACCCAGGGCUCCGAUUAAAUUCCGCAAUGGCGCAGAAUUGACCAAACUAAAAACGUUGACGGCGUCGAGCUAUCGGAGGUUCUUCUUAAUGUUUGAGAGUCCAGCGCGCCACACCUUGACCGUUUUCCUUAACAUCCCGACCCAAUGCCUUUUAAUUGUGACAAUCUUCUGAACCAAUUUGUCAGCUUUUAUCCAAAAGCGUUCUUCCUUUCUACGUUGCUCAUUAUAUUUGAUUUAUAUUUUAACAGUACGUUCGUCCUGAUGCCUCUUUUCGCUUCAUCUCAGUAUUCAGCUGUGCCACAGGUGUAUCUGCCAUUCAUUCACAUGACGUUUAUUGUUUCUCUGUGUCGCAUCAUGUUUUUCUCUGGUAGGACUUCAAUGGUUUUCGGUAGUUUUUUGAAUUCACUUUGAAAGUUUACACCGUUUGAAGAGUCAUGUUGGGCCUGUUCUUAACUCUUCUGUCUGAUCCUCUGUAAGGUUUGUGAGCUACUGAAUAUUUUAAUGCAUUAUUGAUUAUAGAUUUACAAGCGGAGGAGGGGAAAAAAAAAAAAAAAAGAUCCAGAAGUCACCAUGUUGUUUUUGUGCCCGAUUCUAUCAAAACAACGAAUCAAUCCGAGUACCUCGAAGAGCUUUUAUUUUUGGAAAAAUCCUCUGGGUGUGAAUUUUUUCUCUGAUGCCUGCGGUUUGUACAUGUUCCUUCAGUUUCCACUGCGUGUAUCGAUGCCUGUGUGUGUUUGUUGGGUCUGUUGCACCGUCAGCAUGUUUGACACAAUGAGAAUGGAAUGACCUGUGAUGCGUUUAAUGUUUCUGAUGUCAGAGCUGCAAAUAAAUCUCUGUGUUUGUUUUA